UAUGUUUCAUUUUUAAAAUCUCAAGCCAAAGUUGCACAAAAGUUCCAACAAAUGUUCCGGUGGGCUCUCUAAGAUUUUGGGACCCUUUAUUUAGUUCUGCACGUUGGUGUCCAAUUGUAAAUUUUCGUGAAUUUUGAGGACUGAGAAUGGCAAUAACGGGGAGUGGAGAAAAGGUGAUUGCAGGCAAUGAAGAAAGGAUUAACGUAUCUGUUAGGUUGAGGCCGUUAAAUGAUGAUGAGGUCUUGAGCAAUGAAGUCUGCGAUUGGGAACGCAUAAAUGAUGAUACAAUUGUUUUCAAGAAUCUUGAUUCUGGGAGGUCAAUGCAUCCUAUGGCAUAUACAUUUGAUAGCGUAUUCGGUACUGAUUGCUCCACUAGAGAGGUUUAUAAGCAUGGAGCCAAGGAUGUCGCAAUUUCAGUCGUUCGAGGAAUAAAUUCAACUGUUUUUGCAUACGGGCAAAAAAGCAGCGGUAAGACGUAUACAAUGACUGGGAUAACCGAAUACGCGAUAGCAGAUAUAUAUGAGUAUAUAAAAAAGCAUUCGAACAGGGAUUUUAUUCUGAAGUUUUCUGCUAUGGAGAUUUACAAUGAGUCCAUUCGGGACCUUCUUGGUUCAGAUAGUACUCCAUUAAGACUUUUAGACGAUCUAGAGGGAGGAACCAUAGUCGAAAACCUCACUGAGGUAAUCUUGAGGGAUCGAAAUCAUGCAAAUGAACUUCUUUCUAUCUGUAGAGCUCAAAGAAAUAUUACAGACACAUCGCUUAGUGAAAUCAGCUCCGGAACUCACCACAUUAUUAGAGUGACAAUCGAAAGCUCUUCCCGUGAGUUCUUAGGCAGUAACAAUACAAGCACUCUAGCAGCUACUGUGAACUUUGUUGAUCUGGCUGCAAGUGAAUAUGCAUCACAAUUAUUAUCAUCAUCAACACGCAUGGGAUCAAAAGAGGUCUGCCACAUAAAUCGAAGUUUGAUCACACUUGGAACUGUAAUUCACAAGCUUAGUAAGGACGCGAAUGGACAAAUUCCCUAUGGAGACUCUAAGCUAACCCAAAUCUUAAAAACAUCACUUGGAGGAAAUUCCAAAACAGCCAUCAUAUGCACUAUAAGCCCGGCCCGAAGUCAAGUGGACCAGUCAAGGAACACUCUUGUGUUUGCAAGCCAUGCAAAGGAAGUGGCUACCAAAUCCCGAGUCAAUGUUGUCAUGUAUGAUAAGACGUUAGUGAAUCAUCUGCAGAAGGAGGUGGCAAGACUUGAGAGGGAGUUGAAAAAUAACAGAAAUGAUUUUGGACCGUCUCAUUAUUAUGCAAUGUUGAGAGAGAAAGAUUCCCAGAUUGAAAAGUCACAAGUCAAAGAAUUCAUACAAAUCCUAGGCGACGAUGCAAGUUCCAUGACACAGGUGGGGUCGGGUCACUACCCUCACCUUCGAGUGCAAAAGUCCGAUUCAGAUGUCGACAAACAAGAAAGCUCCCCAUUGGCUCAUCCCACAUUGGACAUCGAAAACCCGACAUUCUCUAACCGUCACAGCACAAGCAGCACGGAAAAUCACGUUAAGGUCCCAUUUUUCGAGGACAGCUUUGACCAUGGCUACACGUCCCCUAGAAUCCUACUCAGCAGCUCAAAUUCUUCCGUGAGCGAAUCAUACCACAUUUGGCCCGAAACUGAAGAACGGGCCAGCCAGGCCGCUGUUAGAAUAGAAGAAGAACGUAAUCAGGCGGACGAAUAUCAAGUGAAGGAGGACCCACCAUCAAAAGAAAGCCCGGCACUCGACAAAAAUUGCGAUUUUAGCACUAUUCAGUAUCUAAAUAAGGAUUCGUGUGGCGGGAAAAGUUUGAAUCUGGCAAGAAGCAGUAGCUGUCGAGUGAGUGUUACGAGUGACUCAUCUUCACUAUGGUUGAAAUCGGAAGAGUACGGUGGAGAUACUACACCAGCCGUUGGAUUGGAAAGGAACACUAGAAUGGACAGCUCGGAUGAAAAGUUUGUGGCUGGUGAGGAUGGGAUUAUUAGCAGCAAUCGUGAUUUGAGUGAGAAAACCGAGCUACAAUCUGGAGAAGAAAUUAACAAUGGACGAGAGAAAGAGGUUGUUACACAAAAAGGAAAAACAACAGAAGAUGAAUGCAGAGGACUCACAAGUUGGCCGGUAGAGUUCAGAAGGCUGCAAAGAGAGAUAAUCGAGCUCUGGAAUGCUUGCAACAUCUCACUUUUGCAUAGGACUUAUUUCUUCCUGCUUUUCCAAGGAGAUCCUUCGGAUGCUAUAUAUUUGGAGGUCGAGAUGAGGAGAAUGAAAUUAUUGAAGGAUAAAUUUUCAUGUGGGGAUAAGGCCGUUGUGGAUGGACGAACUCUGACACUUUCUUCAAGUGCCAAGGCUCUACGGCAAGAGAGAAGAACGCUGAGCGAGCAGAUGUCGAAGAAGUUUUCCGAGCAAGAGAGAGAAAAUCUCUUCAGUGAGUGGGGCAUUGGUCUCAACACUAAACUCAGAAGGCUACAGCUGGCACGUCUCGUAUGGAGUAAGACAGAAGACGUAAAUCAUGUUACAGAAAGCGCGUUUCUUGUUGCAAAGCUGGUGGGUCUGAUCGAGCCUGGACAAGCUCCUGAUAUGGAGAUGUUUGGUCUCAACUUUACUCACAAGUGCUCGACCGGAAUCAGUACUUUCAAACGUAGCCUUGUGUCACUCCUUUGAUUUUGUUUUUAUGUUAAUUUUUGUUUCUGAAAAAAUCGACAUGUUUAUGCUACAGAGUAUGAGGCUCUCUGUACUUUUGGAUGAUGCUUGUCAUUGGAUUUGUAUUUGAGUGGGGAAUUUCACUUAAUAUGGUUUUUGGUGACUUGACUGUGGGUUCCCUAAUAAAAAUAGCAAGAGCCAUU